UCCUGUCUCCGUCAUAUGUCAGGGCUCCGUUCACUACACUGCUCCGCUAGCUUGAUAGCAAACUUCAAAACAAAGUUAAAUCGCAUAGUUAGGAGACUUAAAAUACGGAAGAGACAGCGUCCCAUUAACAGGGAGUGAACAAAAUGCCUGCGGUCUCUAAAGGAGAUGGGAUGCGUGGCCUGGCGGUGUUCAUCUCUGACAUCAGGAACUGUAAAAGUAAAGAAGCAGAGAUCAAGAGGAUAAACAAAGAACUGGCCAAUAUCCGUUCCAAAUUUAAAGGUGACAAGGCUUUAGACGGCUACAGUAAAAAGAAGUAUGUCUGCAAGCUGCUCUUUAUCUUUCUCCUGGGCCAUGACAUUGACUUUGGACACAUGGAGGCUGUCAACCUGCUCAGCUCCAACAAGUACACAGAGAAACAGAUUGGUUACCUGUUCAUCUCGGUGCUGGUGAACUCCAACAGUGACCUGAUCCGUCUCAUCAACAAUGGAAUCAAGAAUGACCUGGCCAGUCGAAACCCCACCUUCAUGAACCUGGCCCUGCACUGCAUUGCUAAUGUGGGCAGCAGAGAAAUGGCAGAAGCUUUCGCGUCUCAGAUUCCAAACAUCCUUGUGGCAGGGGACACCAUGGACAGCGUGAAGCAGAGUGCAGCUCUGUGUCUGCUAAGACUCAACAGGAUGUCUCCUGAUCUGGUUCCCAUGGGUGAAUGGACAGCACGUGUGGUUCACCUGCUGAAUGAUCAGCACCUGGGAGUGGUGACAGCAGCCACCAGCCUUAUCACCAAUUUGGCCCAGAAGAGUCCUGAUGACUUCAAAACAGCUGUCUCACUGGCUGUAGCGAGGCUGAGCAGGAUUGUGACUUCAGCAUCCAUCGACCUUCAGGACUACACAUACUACUUCGUUGCUGCACCAUGGCUGUCUGUGAAAUUACUGCGUCUGCUACAGUGCUACCCUCCACCUGAGGAUGCAGCACUGCGGAGUCGUCUCACUGAGUGUCUGGAGACCAUCCUCAAUAAAGCUCAGGAGCCACCCAAGUCCAAGAAGGUCCAGCACUCCAACGCAAAGAACGCUAUCCUGUUUGAAGCUAUUUCUCUCAUCAUCCUCCAUGACAGUGAACCCACCUUAUUGGUACGAGCCUGCAACCAGCUUGGCCAGUUUCUGCAGCACAGAGAAACCAAUCUCCGUUAUUUGGCUUUGGAGAGCAUGUGCACUCUGGCCAGCUCUGAGUUUUCUCAUGAGGCAGUAAAGACGCACAUAGAAACUGUGAUUAACGCUCUAAAGACAGAGCGAGAUGUUAGUGUUCGCCAGCGGGCUGUGGAUCUGCUCUACGCCAUGUGUGACCGCAGCAACGCCAAGCAGAUUGUGGCAGAGAUGCUGAGCUACCUGGAGACUGCAGACUACUCAAUUAGAGAGGAGAUAGUGCUUAAAGUGGCUAUCCUGGCAGAGAAAUACGCUGUGGACUACACCUGGUAUGUAGAUACUAUCCUUAAUCUUAUCCGCAUCGCCGGUGACUAUGUCAGUGAGGAGGUGUGGUAUCGUGUCAUCCAGAUCGUUAUAAACCGGGAUGAAGUUCAAGGCUACGCAGCAAAGACCGUCUUUGAGGCGCUUCAGGCCCCUGCCUGCCAUGAGAACCUGGUGAAGGUGGGAGGAUAUAUCCUGGGAGAGUUUGGAAAUCUCAUUGCUGGGGACUCGCGCUCCAGCCCCCUGGUCCAGUUUAACCUCCUCCACUCCAAGUUCCACCUGUGCUCUGUUCCAACUCGAGCUCUGCUGCUGUCUGCCUACAUCAAGUUCAUUAACUUGUUUCCAGAAGUAAAGACUACGAUUCAAGACGUGCUGCGCUCUGACAGUCAGCUCCGCAACGCUGAUGUUGAGCUCCAGCAGAGAGCUGUUGAGUAUCUGAGGCUCAGCUGCAUCGCAAGCACUGAUAUACUGGCCACGGUGUUAGAAGAGAUGCCUCCUUUCCCAGAAAGAGAGUCUUCAAUCUUGGCCAAGCUAAAGAAGAAGAAAGGCCCCGGCCACCUGCCGGAUAUAGAUGACACUCGUAAGAAUGUCAAUGGCAGCACUGAGCACAGUGAGAAUGCUGAAGCCGCUAAGAAGUCUUCUCCUUCACUGAUGGCAGACCUUCUCCCUACCAACAGACCCCGCCCUGCCUCUUCUAGUCCCAUCAUGCUCUCUGCUGUGACCAUGGGUUCCGCCCAUCCAUUCACAGACCUGAUGAAUGUAAACUCCCCCCCUCCAGCCACCAACAGCCUGUUGGUGGACGUGUUCUCUGACAUCGCCACACCUGCAUCUGUGGAAGUGUGUGAGGAAAACUUUUCCAGGUUUGUUUGUAAGAACAAUGGAGUCAUCUUUGAGAACCAGCUCUUGCAGAUUGGACUGAAGUCUGAGUACAGACAGAACCUGGGUCGUAUUUAUGUGUUCUACGGAAACAAGACAUCCACCCAGUUCCUUAGCUUCACCUCAUCUGUGACAAGUCAAGACCCUCUCACAGCUCAGCUGAAUGUCCAUGCUAAGGCAGUAGACCCUGUAAUUGAGGGAGGGGCUCAGGUCCAGCAGAUCCUCAACAUUGAGUGUGUGUCGGAUUUCACAGAGGCACCAGUUCUAGACAUCACAUUCAGAUACGGUGGGACUCUGCAGAACAUUGCAGUGAAGCUUCCUGUGAUGCUGAACAAAUUCUUUCAGCCAACAGAGAUGACAUCCCAGGACUUUUUCCAACGCUGGAAACAGCUUGGAGCUCCACAGCAGGAGGUUCAGAAAAUCUUCAAAGCUAAACACCCCAUGGACACAGAGGUCACCAAGGCUAAGAUCUUAGGUUUUGGUGUAGCUCUGCUGGACGGUGUGGAUCCAAACCCAGCAAACUUUGUUGGAGCCGGAGUCAUUCACACUAAAAACACUCAGGUGGGCUGCCUGCUCAGACUGGAGCCUAACACACAGGCACAGAUGUAUCGUCUGACCCUCCGGACCAGCCGGGAGUCUGUGUCUCAGAGACUCUGUGAUCUCCUCUCUGAACAGUUUUAGACUUCAACACUCAGCACCAGCAUUUUAUACACCCUUACUCACCUAGCCUCACUGUAGAUUCAAAUAAUUUUGUAAAUUGUGUAAAUUGUUUUUAUUUGUCUUACUCGACACGUAACAGAAAUGAAAUAUAUUCUCUGCACAGCUUUACUCAUAGGUUACUGCUUUAAACCGGCCUGGUUCUCCGCAGACACUGCAGGAGGCUCUGAAUGCUCCUCCUGUCCUGAACAACUGCGGGCCUUUUUUUGUCACUGCCGGGUAUUUCUAAUGCAAACCUUUUGAAGAAACUUUCAUGAGGCUUUAAUGAGAUUAAGUUAGUUAAAAAAUCUUUAGAGGAUUAUAAGCUUACCAAUGAUCUCCAAAAUUAAUUUUCUAUGAAACGUUUCUUCUUCUAGCGUCUCAAAAAAUGUUGCACAGAACGGGAGAUUUCCUGAACUUCUCGUUCAUUUUGCACUUUAGGUAAUGAAUUUCAUCACAAAAGUAGAUCAGAUAGAUUUUGAGAGAACAUUUUCACAGUCAAAUAAGUAUUUUUUACUUAUUUCAACAAUUAUAGAUGUCUGUCAUCUCAGGAGGAAGAGCGAAGCUUUGUACUGUGGUAUUUUGUUUAGCAAAAAAUAGAGUAUUGAUGCUGCAAAUUUUCUUUUGUUGUGUGAAUUUUGGACUAAGACUGUUUAUAAGAAGUGGGUGAAGUCUUCUGGGGCCUAUAAUAGGAAUUGAGUUCCACAUACUCAGGCUAUCUUGCGGUUAUCUAGAUUCCCUAACUCUGACAAAGUAGAUCACGGUCAUAUAAAGCUGGCUACCAACCUGAUAAGUUCACAAAGCAAUUCUGAUGGCACAUUCACAUGAAAGAGAAGGUACGAGUUUCAUAAAAUCUGUCAUGAGCAUGAACAAGUCUGCUAUAAGCAGACCAUUUUGUUUCACAAUUUCUGAGCGAACUAUAAAACAAAAUCAAUUCAACUGUUUUUGCAAAAUACAAGAGGAACUGGCAGAAAAACAGGAAAAUCUCCUGGUGGUAAUGUUCAGAUUAAGGCUCAUUGCAUCUUGUUAGUAGUCCAGCUAAGAUCUAACAAGAAUAACCAUACUGUAUUCCUUUAAAUUAAUUUGUUGCUCAAUUAAUUAUAAUCACAAUUAAGAUAUGACAUCUGGCCCAUUAACUUUGAAUGUAGAUAAAUGGAAGUGUUGUGCUUUUUAUUGACAAGCUCUAUGUGCUGUGAGCCGAUUAGUUUUCCCUUCGUGUUUACACAAGUCAGAGCACAACUUUAAGUUACAUACGUAGAUAUUUUUAAUACAUUAAUGAUGUUUGGAAUCUACAAUAUGAAUCAGUGUAAUCAAGCUGAUAAUGUCACUGACAUUCGCUUGCGCCGCAUCCAGUAAGAAUAAGAUGUAACAUUUCAAUUUGGCCUCAUUUUCAAACAGAAGGGUAAAAAGCAGGGAUGUACAAAGUUUUUGCUCAGAGGGCCGCUUACAGAAAAAUAUGAUGAUGUGGCAACUUUGAUUUAACUCACUUUAAGUGUAUUUAAGUUUGUAAAACUGGUCCAUGUAGGCAAAGAUAUGCUUAGUGACUGCAUAAGCUUAAAAUACCUUAAUCACAGCUUUCCAUUAAUGGCCAAAAAAAAAAUCCUUGUCAGGAUGAAAACACACUCCAUGAAGCAGUAUCCUUUAUGGAACUUGAGACGCACCAGAUAGCAUGGCGUGAUUUAUGCCACUAUUUGCCGUUGUUAUCUUUUUAUCUUUAUUUAUCAGAGCAUUAUGAUUUGAGAUAUCGUUUUUAUUUUGUUUGCCAAUAUGUUUACUGUUCACAUUUUCUCAGUUUACUCAUGAUAAAAAGGAAUUAUUCUUGUCAAAAUAUUUGUUUACAGAAUUAACACAGCAGCUAACCUUGCAAAGCAGAUGGAUAUGCCCGUUUCCUGCAUCAGUAAAGCUCAGUUAAUCCUGUAAACGUCAUUAAUAUUCUUCGUAUUUAAGAUAAUAUAGGAAACACAAAUCACUGGUUUCUCUCCCUCUUGUACUCACGCAGAACUCUACAAUAUUGAGAUCUGAUUGGACUGUAGGUUCCCCUUGGUUUUUUGUUUCGCCUGAAAACAACCAUCUCUGGAGUGGGUCAGGUAUUCAGCUUGACUUGUGAUCUAUCUUAGUAAGAAGGGAACCACCUUUGUUAUCCUGAAAACUCAGUGACCUUGAUAACCUAAAAUGCUCCUUUGUAGCCCUGAGCUUUAGAAAAAAAGUUGUGCAAAUUAAAAACUGCCUAAGCUACAGUUUUCACAGGGACUGUACAUGGCGUUAAGAAAACAACAUACAAACAGCGUGUUUCUUUGCCUGCAUGGAGUUGAUAUGCUGCUUGUUUACUUCCUGUUUUGACGUAGUAUUAAUGCAGGGUAGGAUCUAUGAUUGGCGGUCUGCACCUGGCUUAUGUCAAAAUCGUCAGGAUGCUCUGUGCAUUCCUGUGUGCCUUCCUGUUUGGGUCGAUGUGUUUUGUGCAGAUUUACACUGAAAAUAGACUCACUUGUACCUCAAGUGAAGCAGAGUGGAGUAACUCAUGGGAGAUGGAUUGUAGCACAUUUUGUGGAAACGCAAAGGUUAACUAGAAAUGGAGUCAUUUACUCUUGAUUUGACCGUGCUGACUGAGCGCUGGGCGGUUUAUGAUUAAUGACUUUAGUGAACAUUUCUCUUGUAAGUUUGUUCUUACUGUCUCAAGUUUCAAGUCAAAGUACGAUUGAAUUUUUUCUAAUUAUGACCCUGUUCAGGUCAAAAUAAACAGUGAAGCAGGAAUUGCUUGUGGGCAUAGACACCUGGGAUUAGCAUGUUGCUAUUUGGGCAGCUUUACCACCAUGGUAUAGUUGUAGCGCUCACUUAGGAUGUUGAUAUUUAAACUUGAGGUUUGCUGUUUUCAUCCACUUCUUUUAUACAGUCGGUACAUUUGAGAGCUGUGUUGUUCAGAUGUUUUUUGCAUUGUGUUCUGUAUUGCCUUUUUCCCUUCUUUUUCAUCUAAGUAGCUAAGACAAUAGUGCCUGUGUCGAUUAUUGCUCUGUCAAGAACAGAAAAGGGCCUUCACCUAGAUGAAUGAUUAUCUAUAAGCACUGCCACACUGUCACAGUAGCCUCACUUCAACGCUUUAAUUCACAGCACUGCCAAACUCUGUAUGUUUUUAUAACAUGUUGUACUGUCUGUUUUAUAAAAUGUGUUUAUCAGAA